AAGGAAAACAAUCGAAGGGACGUACAGAAAGGAGAAGAACUAUUUUUGUCUGUUUUGGCCAGUUUCAUUGUAUUGUUAGUUGGUUUUCAAUCGUCAAAAUGGCUGGUAAUAAAGGAAUGCAGGAUCUCAUUCCUAUAAUGAACAAACUGAUGGAUGCUUUUGCGCAGACUGGUCAAACAGCUACGAUUGACUUACCCCAAAUUGCUGUAGUCGGAAGCCAAAGUGCUGGCAAAAGUAGUGUUUUAGAAAAUUUUGUUGGAAGAGAUUUUCUUCCAAGAGGUUCAGGUAUUGUAACACGAAGGCCACUUAUUCUUCAGCUUAUUCCUGAUAAAACAGAAUUUGGCUAAUUUCUUCAUGCCAAGGGAAAAAUUUUCUCAGAUUUCAAUGAAAUCAACCAAGAAAUAGUCAAAGAGACAGACAGGGUUACAGGAAGCAAUAAAGGAAUAUCAAAUAUUCCCAUCAAUCUUAGAGUUCAUUCACCACAUGUGUUAAACUUGACCUUGAUUGAUCUUCCUGGUAUGAUUAAGAUUGCCGUUGGUGACCAACCCCAGGAUAUUGAAGCACAAAUUGAUAUGUUGAUGCAAUUUAUUACAAAACCAAACUGUCUUAUCCUAGCAGUAACUCCUGCUAAUACUGAUCUUGCAAACUCAGAUGCUUUGAAAAUUGCAAGAGAGGUAGAUCCUCAAGGUAUUCGUACCAUUGGUGUCAUAACUAAACUUGAUCUAAUGGACCAAGGAACAGAUGCAAAGGAUAUUCUCGAAAACAAAACAUUCCCAUUGAGAAGAGGUUAUGUUGGUGUUGUUAAUCGUAGUCAGAGAGAUAUUGAAGGAAGAAAAGAUAUUCGAGCUGCCUUCCAUGAAAGAAAAUUCUUCCUUGGUCAUUCAAGCUACAGACACAUGGCUGAUAAAAUGGGAACACCAUUUCUUCAAAAGGUUUUAAAUCAGCAACUCACCAAUCACAUCAAAGAAACUCUUCCAGCACUACGGAGCUCGUUACAAGAUCAGUUAAUCUCGUUAGAGAAAGAGGUGAAGGAGUUCAAGAACUAUCGACCAGAUGAUCCAUCAAUGAAGACUAAAGCUCUUAUGCAGAUGAUACAACAGUUUCAUAGUGACUUUGAGAAAGCAAUAGAGGGAACAGGAGAUCAAAUCGAUACCAUACAACUUUCUGGUGGUGCGAAAAUUAAUCGAAUCUUUCAUGAAAGAUUUCCGUAUGAACUUGUUAAGAUGGAGUUUGAUGAACGAGAAUUGAGAAGAGAAAUCAGCUUUGCUAUAAAGAAUAUCCACGGUGUCAGAGUAGGGCUUUUCACGCCCGACAUGGCGUUUGAAGCGAUCGUGAAGAAACAGAUUGAUAAACUCAAAACACCAGCUUUAAAGUGUAUUGAUCUCGUAAUGAAUGAAGUAAAUAAUGUUGUUAAGAAAUGUACAGACAAUAUGGCGAAAUAUCCUCGUCUAAGGGAUGAAGUCGAAAGCAUUACGUCAUCUCAUAUUAAAAAUGGUGAGGUCAGAGCAAAAGACCACGUGACGUUGUUGAUUGACAUUGAACUGGCGUAUAUCAAUACGAAUCAUCAAGAUUUCAUUGGUUAUGCUGCAGCAAGUUCAGCUGCUAGUUCUCAGGGGGGAGAGAGAAAACGAAAGGGGAUUGGAAACCAGGUGAUUCGUAAAGGGUGGCUUCAGAUUACAAACACUGGUUUUAUGAAAAGUGUCGUUGCCAAAGAGUAUUGGUUUAUUCUUACUGCCGAGACACUGUCUUGGUACAAAGAUGAAGAGGAAAAAGAGCAGAAGUAUCAAUUGCGGUUAGAAGGUUGUAGAAUUCGUGAUUUGGAAGGUGGUUGGUUGGCUAGAAAAGCUGCCUUUGCAAUCUUUAAUCCGGAUCUAAAGAAUUUGUUCAAAGACCACAAACAACUGGAAUUGGCUGCUGAGAGUCAGGAUAUUAUUGAUGAAUGGAAGGCAUCGUUCCUUCGAGCUGGUGUUUAUCCACAACGAGAGCCGGAUGAGAAAGAUAAAAUCAGUGAAUUAGGAAGCUUAGAUCCUCAAAUGGAGAGACAAGUGGAAACCAUUCGUAAUCUUGUUGAUUCAUAUUUGAAGAUUGUCAGUAAAACCAUCAGAGAUCUUGUUCCUAAAGCUGUUAUGUACAUGAUUGUUCAAAAUACGAAAGAUUUUAUUGGUUCGGAAAUCUUGGCUCACAUUUAUUCAAGUAGUGACACUAAAUCUUUGAUGGAAGAAAGCGAAGAAGAAGUACAAAGACGAGAAGAGAUGUUACGUAUGUAUCAUAGUACAAAAGAGGCUUUGGACAUCAUUGGUGAUAUAAAUAUGCAUACUAUAUCAACACCUCUUCCUCCUCCAAUUGAAAACAAUGAUAAUCCACCAUCAAGCUACCGACUAUCUGCUCCUGCUGGUCGUCCAGCUCCCUUCAACAACAUCCUCACGCCCGCAAAGCAGUCCUACAUCUUCAAGAAAACCACCACCUCGCAAUCGUCCUAAUACUCGACCCGAAAUGACAUCCCAACGUCUUAAUAACGAGAUCAAUCAAAACAUACAAAACGCUCAGACAGCAUACACUGCAUACAACAUGGCGUCUUCUAUUGGCAUGGCUCCCACUUAUUCCUAAUCGUCCUGAUUCAUCUUCUACGCCAUCAAUACCAAAACGCCCCGUUUUAGGGCGACCAGCUCCACCACCCCCCGGAAAGACCACGCCUUCAAUCCCCAGUCGUCCCGACAUUCCUAGCAGACCUUUUAAUGUUUGAUUCUCACAAAUCAUGAAAAUGGAACGAGGAAAACAAUGUGUUAUUUAUUUGUUGUAACAAAUGCUCCUGUCUAUCCCUGUAUGUAUUUGUUGUAGCAAAUGCACCUGUUUAUCCCUGUAUGUAUAUAGAGCAAUCAGGGAAACGUCCAUGAUUGAUAAGAUUUUGAAGGAACGCAAUGUAAGAAUAUUUUUCAUGAUUGUUUGGCGAUAUAUGAGCAUGAAAUUCUAGUCGUCACCGCAAAUUGAACAUAUUUACAUAAAACUAUUAAUUUGGUGAAUGUUUAAAUUAUAUAAUGGUUUUAUCGUGAAUUAUUCCGUCUAUUCAACUUAUUGAAUUGAAUACAACCAUUCUGUAUGGACAGAGCAGUACAUUUCUUUUAAAAAUCAAUUGAUUAUUUAA